UUGUUUUUCCAAGGUUGAGAACCAAAUCUAGCUACGCAGUGAACUUUCGUUACCAGAGACAUUCCAUAGCUUUCCAAAACACACGGAAUAUUCACCAUGGCCUCGACAAACUACAAGGAAGCCUUCUCGCUCUUCGACAAGCGCGGCACCGGCCGUGUCGCCCUCGAAUCUCUCGGCGACCUGCUACGCGCCUGCGGCCAAAACCCGACGCUUGCGGAGAUUGCGGACCUGGAGAAGAAUGUCGGCGGCGACUUCGACUUUGAGUCCUUUUUGAAAGUCCUGAACCGCCCUGGGGGCUUUAGGGAGCCCGGUGAGCCGGAGGAGUACUGCCGUGGCUUUCAGGUGUUCGAUAAAGAUAUGACGGGGGUUAUCGGUAAAGGGGCAGUUGCGUUAUAUCUUGACGAACUUGGGCGAGAAGAUGACCGAUGAAGAGGUUGAUGAGCUUCUCAAGGCGGUUGAUACUAGCUCUGGCGAGAUCAACUAUACCGAUCUUGUUCGUACCAUCCUGGCCAACUAAACGACACGAUACCCUUACGUCCUCAUGAUUUGUUAUGAUGUUCCACUUUCAUAAUCUAUUCGAUUAUCGCUCCAUGUAUCCACAAACUGCUUAGCCUAGCCAUCGAUCAAUGCAUACACCUUCAUCCUAAA